CGCGGGCAGAGCGCGGCGUGGAGGCGGAGCGCCCGGCUGUGUGCGCGGAGGGCGGGCGCGCCGAAGCCCGCUCCCACGUGCCGGGCUCGGGGCCGCUGCGCGGGCGGCGGCGCGGCGAGGCCUCGCCGAGGAGGCGGAGCGCGGGCGGGGGGCGGACGGCAGCGGCCGGGCGGGGACGGAGGGGGCUGGUUCAGUGCGAGGACGGGGGUGUGCGGCGGGCCACGGGCAGCGCCGGGACUGGUCCCCCGGGCCUUCUUCCCUCCGUGGCGCUCGCUAGACGCUGCCCGGACGAUGACCGUUAAGGUUUAGUGUUUUCCUGUGUGGUUUGCAAACACUAGGCGAAGCGCUGCGUGCGUUUUUCUCACGUAACUCAAAAUAGCCGGUGACGGUCAGCGGGGGUGUUGCGUCUGAUGGUCUGUGGGGAAACUCGAGUCGCCCCCCGGAGACCCUUGCACUAGCAGGUGCUGGGUCCUGCCGGGGUCCAGAGCCCUGCUUCCGACAGCGCUCGGCGCCCCUCGGAUGGGUCCGGAAGAGGAGGCAGAGCGCGUUAGGAAGGGCCGUCUGUGAAUCGAAGAGGGCGCGCCAGGCCCGGGCCAGGGCUGGCUGAGGGUCAAAGGCCGCCCCUGGCCCACGUGGCCUCCGGUGGAGACUCAGGGAGGCCCGGGAGAAAAGAAAUGGGCAUCGGUAAGCGUGGGGUCACCUGCUAGUCAGAGAAAACCUUCCGGAGGCCAAGUGAUGGUCAGAGGCUUGAGUGGCGAAGGUGGCACAGACAGGCUUUGUUCCCGGAUGUGCCUGAGGUUCUCUGGGUUUUCCCUCAGGGACACUCUAGACGGAAGUGUUUCUCCUUGUUUCCUUUUUAUCAUCAGGGAGGAAAAGCCCUUCUUAGAAGCCUCUUGGCAAACUUUCCUUCACAUCUUCUUAACCAGAACUGGACCUCGUGGUCACCUAGGGGCAAGGGAAAGCUGGGCGAGAAAAAGGGCGCGUUUCUGCCUGGACUAAGGGGCUGUUUGCUUGGAAGUUUGGCUGGGCGGCCAGCUGUGUAUCAGAGGCCAGUUGGGAAGGUUUUCCUGGGAGUGACACCUGGCGUCACAUGUCAGUCUAAGGUAAAACCAGACCAUGUUCUAAAAGUCAUGUGUCCUGGUAGUUUCCGUUGUGCACCCAGCGGGCUUCAACCUCUCCUGAAUGUUGGACCUGUAUAGCAAAUGCCUUCAUUCUCCACUUGUAAGUCUAACACCAUGUGCAAAACAGCUUUUAAUUUUUACCCUUCAGAUAUACUCCUACAGUCUUAUCUUUCUGAGUAAAUGGAAAUUUUAUCAUUUCAGUUGCUUGGGCCAAAGAUCUUGGUAUCUCAUCCCACGUCUAAUUCAUCAGCAAACCUUGUUUUAUACCUUUGAAAUGCAUGUAAAAUCUGACUACUUAUCACCUGCUACCACCCGUCUAGUCCAAUACACUGUCAUUUCCAGCUGGAUUAUUGCUAGAGUCUCCCACCUGGUUUUCCUGCUUACACCCUUACACCUCCACCCUGACCCCCUAGUCUUUUGUCAAAGCAGCAGCUGGAGAGGCCAUGUGUCACGUCAUGUCACUUUGCCCAGGCCUUCCAGAUGCUUUUCGUCUCAUCCAGAGUAAAAGCCUAAGUUCUAUAGCCUGUGAGGCACCCCUGUCUCCUCUCCAUUGCCAUCCCCUACUGUGCUUCAGCCCCUCUGGCCUUCUUGCCCUUCCUCCAACACAUCAAGUGUGCUUGGGCCUCACAGCCUUGGCACUUGUGCUUCCCCAUGCCAGGGAUGUGUCUCCCCUGACAUCUACAUAGUGCCUUCUCUCACUCCACCCAGAUCUCUACUUGGAUGUUGCUCUAUCACGGUGCCUUCUGUGGCAGUCCUGUGUGAAGUACCCACCACCAAAUGCUGCCCAUUCUUUCUGUCCCUUAUCUGUCACUUGACACAGGUAUUGCAUCUGUCAAACUGUUCACUUGUGCACUGCCUUAGAGCAGGACCCUGGUCUGCUUGUCCUCAGCUGUUUGCCCACUGCCCAGGACCUCUUAGGUGGGCCCAAGCUGCAGCCCAUUGUCUCCUCUGACCAGGUACACUGCCAAGGAUCUGGCGUUUACGUGGUGGCCUUGGGAUGCUGUCAUACCAUGGAGCUGCUUGGGGGACCUCAUGGGAGGCAAGGGGAUAUGGUCUCAGGCUGCUGGAUGCUCAGUCUUUCUGCCCUUCCUGGGGUUUUCAGGCAGCCCAAAACUGGGUCUCUGCUGCCACAGACCUCUUGAGGUCCAGGCCCAGAAGUCUCAAAGUUGCUGGGGGAAACAAGCCCUGUCACAGUCUUCCCUCUCCCUGCAGCUCUGCCUGCCUCCUCGAGACAAGCUGCAGAGACCCAGUGAUGGCCGUCAAGCAUCUCCUUCCUGGUGGGCUCCAGGUCUUGGUCUCCUUUGAGGAUGUGGCUGUGCUCCUCUCCCAGGAAGAGUGGGGCCUUCUGGACCCUGCUCAGAGGGGCCUCUACAGGGACGUGAUGCUGGAGACCUACAGAAACCUGGUCUCGCUGGGACUUCAAGGUUGCAAAUCUGAUGUCAUCUCCAGGCUGGAGCAGGGGCAAGAGCCAUGGGCCCCACACUCACCAAGAAUUGAGGCGAGCUGGAUCUGGAGGCUCAGGAGUGAAGGUUAUGAGUCUAGGAUGGAAAAGAAGGAGCUAACUCCAAUGCAGGAAAUGUCCGAAGAAAUGGAAUUCCAGAGAGCAAAAUCAGAAAAAUAUUUAAGGAAUAUUUCCAAGGAACCUGAUUUUGAAGGGAUGAGUAAAAUUGAGGGCAAAUUAAAGAAUUACUGGAGAAAAUCUUCAGUGGAAGGACUUAAGAAAUCCUUCUCCCAGAACAGCAGUUUCAGGCCAGUGACAGUGACACAUGUGAAAACCCCCACAGGGGAGGAAUGCCAGAGAUUCAGUGCUAUUGAGGUAAACUGCGCUGCAGACCGAAACCCUGUCAGCUAUCAUAGAGUGUCUAGAGGGGAGGGUCUCCUUCAGAGUGUGUCACGUGUAGAAAACUUUCAACAAAGUAAGGAGCUCGUUAACCUCCAGAGUUUCCAUCUGGGAGAAGGAGCAUUUCAGACAGACGUGUUUGUGAGUUCGCCCAGGCAGAGUUUAGUUCUUAGUGAGAACCAGAGGAUUAACAAUCCACAGAAACCCUGUGAGUGUACUAAGUGUGGGAAAAGUUUCUGUCAGAGUAGAGCUCUUGUUCAGCAUCAGAGGAUCCAUGCUGGAGAGAAGCCCUUCAGGUGUGGUGAGUGUGGAAAAGCUUUCAGUCGACGCUCUUUCCUUAGCAAACAUCAGAGAAUUUGCAGUGGUGAGAAGCACUACACAUGUGGUGACUGUGGCAAAGCUUUCAGUGCUCGUUCGUGCUUUGUGCAGCAUCAUAACAGUCACUCUGGAGAAAGACCCUACAAGUGCAGUGAAUGUGGGAAAGCUUUCAGUACACGUUCAUCUUGUACUCAACAUCUUAAAAUUCACACUGGGGAGAAACCUCAUGAGUGUAAUCAGUGUGGGCAAGCCUUUAGUCAUAGCUCUAACCUGAUUCAUCAUCAGAGGAUUCACAGUGGAGAGAAACCUUACAAGUGUAAGGAAUGUGGGAAAGCCUUCAGUAGACAGUCACACCUCGUCCAGCAUCAGAGAGCUCACUCUGGAGAGAGACCUUAUGACUGCACUGAGUGUGGCAAAGCCUUCAGUGCACGGUUGUCUCUCAUUCAACAUCAGAGGAUUCAUACGGGAGAAAAACCCUAUGAAUGUAAUCAAUGUGGAAAAUCCUUUAGCCUGAACCGAACACUUAUUGUCCAUCAGAGAAUUCACACUGGAGAGAAACCCUACAGGUGUAAUGAGUGUGGAAAAUGCUUCAGUCAGCGCUCACAAGUUAUUCAACAUAAGAGAAUUCACACUGGAGAGAAGCCUUAUAUCUGCAACGAGUGUGGAAAGUCAUUCAGUGCUCGCCUGUCUCUUGUCCAGCAUCAGAGGAUUCACAGUGGAGAAAAGCCUUAUGGGUGUAACAAGUGUGGGAAAGCCUUCAGUCAAAAGGGACAUCUUAUUCAGCAUCAGCGAAUUCACACUGGAGAGAAACCCUAUGAGUGUAGUGAGUGUGGAAAGGCUUUCAGCCAGAGCUUUAAUCUUAUUCACCAUCAAAGAACACACAAUGGUGAGAAGCCCUAUGAAUGCAACGAGUGUGAGAAAGCCUUCAGCGUGCUCUCUUCCCUCGUUCAGCAUCAGAGAGUACACAACGGAGAGAAGCCCUACGAGUGCCACAGAUGUGGAAAGGCCUUCAGCCAGGGCUCACACCUAAUUCAGCAUCAGAGGAGUCACACCGGAGAGAAGCCCUAUGAGUGUAACGAGUGUGGAAAAGCCUUUGGGCAGAUCUCUACUUUAAUUAAGCACGAGAGGACGCACAACGGAGAGAAGCCCUAUGAGUGCAGGGACUGCGGGAAGGCCUUCAGCCAGAGUGCACACCUGCUCCGCCACCGGAGAAUCCACACUGGAGAUCAUCCGUACGAGUGCAGGGACUGUGGGAAGGCCUUCAAUGUUCGCUCCUCUCUCAUCCAGCAUCACAGGAUUCAUACUGGCGAGAGGCCUUAUGAGUGUAGUGAGUGUGGCAAGGCCUUCAGUCAGCAUUCACAGUUUAUUCAGCAUCAGAGGACUCACACUGGAGAGAAACCCUAUGUGUGCAAUGAGUGUGAGAAGUCCUUCAGUGCACGCUUAUCCCUUAUUCAACACAAGAGAAUUCACACUGGAGAGAAACCCUACAAGUGCACAGAAUGUGGAAAAUCCUUCCGGCAAAGCUCUCACCUUACCCGACAUCAGAGAAUUCACAAUGGAGAGCGACCUUACAAGUGUAAUGAAUGUGGGAAAACUUUCAGUCAGAGAAUAAGUCUUAUCAGUCAUGAGAAAAUUCAUGAGGUUCAUGUUGGAGAGCAAGCCUGUAAGUGUAAUAAGUGUGGGGAAGUCUUUAGUGCACAGGCAGCUUUCAUUCAGCAUCAUAAAGUUCACAGUGGAAAGUAAUCGCCUUAUUCGAUCCAUUCUUCACUGGUUUACAUCAGGAGAGUCACCCUGAUGACACUGCCACUGCUUAAUGACAUUCAUUUCAGAUAUUCAGCUCUUCAGAGAUUUAACUGUCUCCCAGUGAGCUCCUAACCAAAGGCAGGCUGCCAAAUUACAUGGUACAACUUCUAAGGCAAUGUGCCUUCCCUGAGAGUCGGAGGAUGGCCUCUGCUUGAGGACUUUAAACAAGUGCAAUUGAAAUACACUUAUUUAGGGCGUGUUUAUAGCACCAGAUGUUAAAGUACAGUUAGGUAUUUCAUUUGGCCACUGGCUUUUCUUUUCUUUCUUCUUCAUCAUCUAUUUCAGCUUCAAAAAGAGUAAUUGGGAUCCUUGCACUUUCAAGUGUGAUGGAACCAGGUUGAGGCUUUCUUAUGUAUUUGUUUGGCCCUUUUCAAAAUGUUUUUGUUCAAUUGUGAGAGAUAUGGUACUUUAACUUCAAAAGUGUUACUUUUUUUCAGCAGCAAAUAACCCACACAGGAGAGAAACCUCAUGAGUAUAAGCAAAGUCUGUUAAGGAAUGAGAUGAGGCUUGUGUGUAGAUUCAAACAGUUGAGAUCCUGCCAAGAAGUCAAAUGAUAAGUGUACAAUGGGUUUUUCUGCAAGGUAAUUUGGAAAGAAAAAACCCUGUGAAUUGGGAGGAAAAUAGGCAUAAAGUAGAUACGUGAUGGCAUGGGACACAACUUACAGAUUCUGUUCUUAAAGCCAAGAUUGGUGUAUCCCAUCAGUUCCUACAGGAAAGCAGGUGAGUAGCCGUAGCUGCUCCCUUUUCCUGGGCAGCUCAGCACUGAGCAGGGUGGCGGGGAGGGCGGGUCCUGCUGCUGCCACAGGACGGGACCAGGUGAGGCAGGGCCGUGGCAGUGAGCAGCUUUCAGUAGGUGGAUACUUGUGCAGGUUGUCAACGCGUGAACUGGUGUCUGCGCUGGAAAGGUGCCUGUUCUUCUCUGGAGCCAUGUUGGUCAACAGUGUCUCAGUGUCCUUCAGUUCUCACCUGGUGUUUGAGAUGAGAGUAAAUGUCCCAGGAGCUCUGUUUUCUUAAGCUCAGUCGUCAGAGUUGCUGCCCCUGUCCUCUGGGGCCUCUGCCCGAUUCACUCACAUGUGGUUCACUCCAGCAUCCUUAGAACCCUGUUCUCCGGAAACUUCUAUAGUACUGUCGUCUUAUUUUGUGGAAGAAAGAAGAUUAGCAUGAAAAUGGGCUGAAACAGGGUUAUAAAUAUGAGAAAUUCAGCAAAAGCAGUCUGUGAGAGAGAGUUCCAGAAACAAAUCUGGCAACUGAAAGUGGCUAUAGAGUCUGAUGAGCAAGCUGGAUGUCAUAUAUGCAGACACUUCAGAAGGGGUUGACCACUCGUGACUUGGGAUAAACUAAUGGAACAGUGCUUUGUGUCUAAGAAUCAGGGUAAGGAAGAGAUGAAAUGAAAGAAAAGGUAAGAGCAAUGAAUUAUUUAAUAAUUGGACAUUAUUCCCUUAUAAUAUUCUUUUCACUAGUAAAUUGUUCCAGUUUUCCUAUUUAUUAAAGGAACUUCCUCUUAGAAGUUGGCCGAUCUUUUCUCCUUACAUUAACCUGGCCUGUGGCUCAGGCCUUAUUCGCCAGCCUUUGUCCAUAUAGUAGUAGUGGUGGUCUUUAUUCAUUUUAGGAUUUUGAAAAGCUGAUUGGAAAAUCUGCCUCUUGGUGAUAAUCUUCCUAAGCACACUUCACCACAAAUAGCUUUGACUUGUUUUUUUUAACUGGAAUGAAUUCCCUCUGAAGAUAAUGGUUAUCAUGUGCUGAAGAAAAAUUCAGUCAACAAACCUUUGCCUUUUUUACCUUAGCGUGUGCCAGGAACUGUGAUAAAUGCUACUGGGUUUUCUCAUUUAAUCUUCGCAUCAACUCAGUGAAGUAGGUACUUUGAUUAACCCCGUUUUACAGUGAGACUCAGGCACAGAGGCAGCUCAGUGGCUGCACUGGCACCACGUGGCUCUACUUCCCGUGCUCCUGGAACACCUCCUGAGCACCUGCUGCAGGCUGGCACCCCAAGAGUUAAGUCACUGCUGGCAGGGAGCUUGCCAGUCUGACUAAUUCUAGGUGGGAAGUUGUACAUUUUACUCAAACAUGGUUUGGUAAAUGGGUCUUCCAGAUGUGUUAUCAAUGAAGGAAAAUGAGAAAACAGUCCAACAGUGGGUCUCUGGCUUACAACUUACUAAUCAUAGCCCAGUGGCCACGUUGCCCCUGAAAGGGAGAGAAUAGCUGUCUUCCUAAGCUGGCUGGAAAGCUUAAUCUCCUGAAGUUGUGUCAGAAGCUCCUUCUCACCCAGGUCUCUGGGCUUGAGUUUGGGAUGGGGCCUUGGAGCUCUUUACCCAGUUACAACUUCUGCUUCUAGAGAAAGAACUUUUAGGAGAGGAGAAAAAGAAAGUCACUAUUUUUUGCUCUGAGGAUCUCUUUGGCAUCCUUUCAAGAGACAAAGGAUGAGGAAGCCAUGGCAGUGUCCCCCUCAAGGUUGCAUGAUUAGAGUGCUAAAUCAGGAGGAAAUAUUUUGGCUUUUUCUUUUUCACUCCCAUCUUUAUGUACAUUGGAGGUGUUUACUUAAGAACAUCAGCUUUUAUUCUAAUCCCAUUUUAGGUUGUAUGGCUAAAACAUCUUUAUGACUAAUUUCUAUGAUCAGUUUGGAUUGUUUUAGUUUUCAGCUAAAAAUUUCAUGCAAUUUGUAUUGAAUUUUAUUUACAUAGUUGCAAAUGUUCUCAAUUCCAGUCAGAAAUUUCUGUUACCCAGUUUCUUACUUAGCUAGGUGAAGGCGUUCCUGUCCGUUGGUAGCCAGACUGUCCCCUGAUGGUGCAGAGCCUCUGUGCUACACUUGAUGAUUGGCACGGAGCAGUCAUCCACUCGGUGCCUCCUGGCUGUGAAACCAAGUAAUUUAGUUACAAUUAAGAAGAGAAGGGCAUUUCACUUUUUCCAGUUUCUGGAGGAGUUUUAUGCCAGUGCUAGCAGACGUACACCCUUCCAAGAACCCCACCAUGGCCCACACCAGUGGCACAGGCCUUUGUCACCUGAAACACUCUGGAAGCAAGGAGACUGAUGUUAGACAGGAGAGUUUUGAAAUCCAGGAAUUUGAGCUCUGCUCAGUAGACAUCAUACUCAUCUAGUAACUCAUUCCAAAGAUGCCCUUAUUCGUGCUGUUCCCAGAGGGAGCUGCUCUGUCUAGUCAUGCCCGUUACCCUCACAAGUAGGGUAUUUUCAGGUCGCCCUGGAAGGCUGCUGUUCUAAUGAGGCAACAGGUGUUUUCUCAUAGUUCCCUCUUACUAAGUAGAAGGUGGAUGAUGGCUCCCACCUCAUAUGUCUGUGUAUCAGUAAUUCUUCCCACAGGCUGUGUGGGUCAUGACAGCAAACAACUUAGGGUGGUUAAUACUUUGAGAUGUGGGCCUGAUCUGCUGCUCAGUGAACUGGCAGAAUUCAACAGUUUGGAUGGUCUGCUCUCCAUGAACUACUUUUGUAGCCUGACUGGACUUGGGAACCAGAGAUAUUGGGAGGGGAGUGUUGAGAACGACUCUUACCUUCAAACUUGUACUCCAGGAGCUGCCAGAGUACUCAGCCUUCCUGGCAGACUGCGGUCACAGUGAGAUGGUGGGCCGUGGAGCUCAGCCAGGAUCUGCUCUGGGUGUGGGGGUCAGGAGUGGAGUAUUUAUAAGUCCAGGGUGGUUUUGUUAGUUCUGGUGCCUGGCUAUUGCCAGAACAUGGGAUUAUUGAGUAAAAUUCCCAGAGACUUUGGGCAGCCUUUGCUUGAGGAGAAAGGAUGCCCCAGGCAGUGGAGGUAGGUGCUGAAAGGUCACAGGAGCCCCUUCACUUUUCCUCUGGGUCUGCCUGUCUUACGGCAUUUCCAUUGCUGCCUUGGUGUGGUGGACUUAAGGUUGACCUAUGGCCUUGACCUCCACCACUAGCCCUCCACCCACAGCUGAAGAUGUGAGUCAGGAAGGGACUGAGAUCUGGUCUUUCUGCUGUGAGAGAUGUUCUGUCCUUCAGUGCCUGUUAAGUUGUUGUGUAUAUUCCUGUGACAAUCCUACUGGUUUACCAUGUGUAGUUGAUAUUUCAAUUUUUCCCACCAAUUCUUAAGGUUUGAGUUUUAUAUGUUUAUUCACAAGCAUUAAAAGGUAAUGAGUAGA